CAGCCGUCCCGCUCCCUGUUCACCUGUAUUGAUUCUGUGUUGUAUAUACAUUCUACGCCCUCCAUACCUCCGUCAUCCCUCACUUUUAAAAACUGUGUAACAGUCCUCCAUCCCAACAUCUCCACAUGCUACCUUUCUUCAUCAUCCAGAGGAACAUCAGUUAUCUGUUCGAGGAUAGAGACUUUCUUCUGACCGGACAGCAUCACUGCUCACUGGUGCACACUGAACACAAACCCACAUUCCAAGAUGCGUGUUGCCUGUCUGCUGUGUGAGUAUGGUUGUCUGGGUGUUGGCAAAGGCAUCCUUAGGUGAAUAAGUGGAUAUACAUAUUCUCAAUUAGACAGUGUUGACUGGUGCCAUCAUGGAUGUGAUAACAGCCCCUCCCAUUGGUUGUAGCAUGCAUGGUUCUUCCUGUGGUGGAGGGAGGCAGUCUCCUGUUGACAUUGUCAGUAGUCAUGUCGUGACCGACCCAAACCUCCAGACAUUCCAGCUCGACAAUUUCUCCCACCCCGGGUGAUGGACUACCUCACCAACACCGGACACUCAGUGAUGUGCGUGUUGAAGGAGGGCCUGGUGGAGGUGAGGGGGGGUGGCCUCAGCGGGACCUACCUCCCCCUGCAGAUCAAGUUCCACUGGGGGGAUACAGACCUCCAGCCUGGCUCAGAACACACCGUCGAUGGACACAGAUAUCCCAUGGAGAUGCACAUUGUGAGUGUGAAGAAAGAGCUGUCGAUGGAUGAAGUCCUGGGACAUCCAGAGGGUCUGGCUGUGUUUGGGUUCUUCAUCAAUGUGACCGAGGACUGGGCUUCCUCGUCUGCCUGGGAGAACUUCACGUCCUACUUCAGCAACCUCACAGAGACAGACAGCGUUGUUGAGCUGCACCACAACAUGUCUAUCAAUGAUUUACUGGCAGGAGUGGAUCUCACAAGGUUUUACCGAUAUCUGGGUUCCCUGACCACGCCCACCUGCGACGAGGCAGUGGUGUGGACCGUCUUUCAAGAGCCAAUCAGGAUCAGCAGGGAGCUGAUGGUGAAGUUCCCAAAGAACAUCAAUCUGACGAACAUCUAUCGGCCCACACAGCCUCUCAACCAGCGCGUAGUCUCUGCCUCCCCCGCUGUUACGCCAACCCCUGCUUCAUUACAUUCAGACUGGUGCUACGAUGACAAGUGCUCCUUCUCUCCGUCUCUGUGGAGCCAGAUCCCUGACUCCCACUGCGGGGGGGACAACCAGUCUCCUGUCAACAUUGUAGAAGACCAGGUUAUGGUGGACAGAAUGCUGCAGGACUUCAUCUUCGACCAUUUUGACGACCAGCGUGCCAUCAAGCACCUCGUUAACACAGGACACUCAGUGAAAUGUGUUUUGCAUGAUGACUUGGUGUCAUUGUCUGGAGGUGGUCUAGGCUACAAGUACACCACCCUCCAGUUCCACUUCCACUGGGGCACCACUGACCAGCAGACGCUUGGCUCAGAACACACCCUCAAUUCCAAGAGGUUCCCCAUGGUGGUAGGAACCAGUCCCACUACAAUCAGGGGGAUGCACGUGGUGUCUCAGAGGAGUGACCUGACCUUGGAGGAAGCUAAACAGACGUUCAACGGUUUUGCUGUGCUGGGGUUCUUUCUUGAGGGCAGGGAGGAAGCUGUCCCAAGCCCAGGAACCCCUAAUAGUCACAAGAUUUCUAACGACAACUCUGAUGCUUGGAUGAAACUGACGUCGUACCUGUCAGCAGUUUCAAACAUAAGCACCACUGUUGAAGUUACCCACAACAUCUCUCUGGAUGACCUGCUUGGAGAUGUGGAUCGCAAGACUUUCUACCGCUACAAUGGCUCCUUAACCACCCCCCCCUGCAAUGAGGCAGUGGUUUGGACCAUCUUCAAACACCCAGUCAAGGUGGACAAGGACCUGAUGAAGAGGUUUCCUACCUAUGCCGGAUUCACCAACGUCUUCCGUCCUCAACAACCGCUCCGCAGCAGAACCAUCUACACCAAAGCAGCCGCCCCCAACCUCCGCCCUCCAGCCACCCCCCUCCUCCUCCUCCUGCUCCUGGCCUGGCCAGGCACACUGCUUGGCUAGGCUCUGGGUCACUGUUUGGCUAGGCUCUGGGUCACUGCUUGGCUAGGCUCUGGGUCACUGCUUGGCUAGGAUCUGGGUCACUGCUUGGCUAGGCUCUGGGUCACUGCUUGGCUAGGCUCUGGGUCACUGUUUGGCUAGGCUCUGGGUCACUGCUUGGCUAGGCUCUGGGUCACUGUUUGGCUAGGCUCUGGGUCACUGCUUGGCUAGGCUCUGGGUCACUGUUUGGCUAGGCUCUGGGUCACUGCUUGGCUAGGCUCUGGGUCACUGCUUGUCUAGGCUCUGGGUCACUGUUUGGCUAGGCUCUGGGUCACUGCUUGGCUAGGCUCUGGGUCACUGCUUGGCUAGGCUCUGGGUCACUGCUUGGCUAGGCUCUGGGUCACUGUGCUGUCUGUCAUUCAGUGAGGCCCUCAGUGAGGGACAGCUGUGUAUUUGUGGCCCUCAUGCAUUGAAAGUCCUAUAACAGAUUUAACAUACAAUGUACGUUACUGAAUGAUGUCUAACGUCAUUAAAUGUGUCAUCAGUAGAUGUAUAAUAUAUAUAUUUGUUCCUGCA